AUGGAGCCUGAUAGUGAGGUGGAGUCUUAUGAAGUUGAUUUUGAAGAGGAUAAUCAUAUAUAUGAAGAUGCAGACCAACCUGAGGUUGAAGCUGAAGUUCAAGGACAUGGUCAAGGUGGAGUUGGAGGGGUUGAAGAACGGGUUGAAGCAUUGGUUGAAGUUGAAGUUCAAGAAGGUGAAGACCAGACUACAGUUGAAGUUCAAGGACAGGGUGAAGGUCAAGAAGUUCAAGAUCCAGUGGAAGAGGAGCAUAUGCAAAAAGUACCAGCAUUUCAAGUUCUACAGAGAAAGAGAAGAAGGAAACCUUCAGAAAGAAUCAUGAAAAUUCAGAUAAGAAAGAAGUGGGAAGGGAAACAGGGGAGUAGUGGUGAAAAUCCAAUGGAAUUAGAAUAG